AACGAGGGUGGGCUAUAAUAAACAGGAGGAACCGCAGCAAGAGGCGGUCAGGUGAUUCAGUCAGUCAGUAUGGCAGCACCAGAAUCAAAGCUUCAGCUGGUUCAGAGACACAUCCGAGCGUUUCCAGACUUUCCCAAGAAAGGCAUCUUUUUCAGAGAUAUCUGUCCCAUCCUGAAGGAUCCAGCUGCUCUGACAGCAGUAAUCGACCUGUUUGAAGAACAUGUGACCAAGAAUCACCCACAGGUUGAUCUGAUCGUAGGUUUAGAUGCUCGUGGUUUCCUGUUUGGGCCUCUGCUCGCCCAGCGGCUGGGUGUCGGCUUUGUCCUGGUCAGAAAGAAAGGCAAGCUGCCUGGCACCACUGUGUCUGUGGCUUAUGAUUUGGAGUAUGGGAAGGCAGAGGCAGAGAUCCAGGAGGACUCAGUGGCUCCAGGUCAGAAGGUUCUGCUCAUUGAUGACCUGCUGGCUACUGGAGGGACAUUGUAUGCGGCCUGUGAGCUGAUAAAGAAGCAGCAGGCUGAGAUUCUGGGCUGCAUGGUGAUCAUCGAGCUCAAAGAGCUGAAUGGCAUCGACAAACUGAAACCACACAGUGUGUUCUCUCUGGUUCAGUAUUGAGGACCGCUGUAGCUGCCGCACUGGAGACAAGUCGGACAUUGGUUUUACAGUCCGUCAGGUGCUUACAAAUGUCACCACGACUGAACAAAAAACCUCUUCAAUUCAUGCACACGUCUACGUCCUCUCAGUAUUUAUUUUGUUCCAGUCAGUGCCAAAAUAUAAAAUGUGUUGUCAUUCAUUCAUAAUGCUGCGGUAACCUCUAUAAACAGAUUUCUGAAUCUGUAGGCAAGGGACAAGCUUUUGGUAUCGGAAGCGUUCUGGUUUCCAUUUGUAGUUGGGGUAGUGACCAAUCACGUUUGAGCAGGUUUUGGUUGCCUGCAGGUUAACAGUCCAUGUGGACAGCAUAAGUGGCCGAAAUGCAAUCUGGGAACCCAUCGGCUAUUGUCUAAUGACGACUUAGCUUUUUAUCAAUCUCGGAACCCUAGAGAAUAGCUUUCUUAAAAUGUAUGUGUAUUUAAAUAAUCAGACGAUAGCUGAUGAGUUCUGAGAAUGAUACUCUGGCUGCAAGCAUGCACUGGGACAAGAAGAAGCAAGUAUACAUGACUGAUGGAGUCAUCAGUUGGAAAUGCAUGACAUUUUCCUGCAAGGUUUAACUUUAGUGAAUGUGUUUGGGACUCAAAGGGAGACUGAUUCUGCAGAAGGGUUGUUGAUAUUUGAACUCAACCAAACAAAGCACCCUUAGAAGUGCCCUCCCCCAAAUUUCUAAUCUGACAUUUCUGCAGCAUCAUAACUGUUUAAACUCUUCAGAACUUUUCCUCUUUAGCUGUUUCUCGGUCAUCUCUCCUUCACGGUGCCUGGACUCCAGCACAUUUGAAUGUGCCGUUGUAUAGAACUCUCUCUGCCACAGCCCCACUCCCCCCAUCACUCCUGUGCACGAGCUUGAACGCCACUUGUUACUGAUUGCCUGAAACAAUGUUGUGUGGCAAGGCACCACUUUUCCAAUUUACAGACCGUGGGCUGUGUAAGGAAAAUGACUUUCUUUCAAACUACACACAAAACAGAACUAGCAAACCGUGAGGAAAUGUUCACUGAAUUUAACAAGAAGUAUUUGAUUACAAUCACUUACUAUCCCUUUAAACCAUGCUAUCCAUGUGACACUACAGCUAACUAGGAUCUAACCACCUGUAGCAUGUUGUUCUGGCUAAUACAAACAAAUGCUAUAAAAAAUAGUCAUUGUAGCUUACUUGUUGCGUAGCUGUAUAUUAGCUUUCAAAACAUUAGAAAGUCCUUCGGAUACAUCUGGGACCAUGAAUGUCUAAAGGUCUAAAACAUCCAUCCAACAGCUGUAGAGAUGUCAGUGUGGAACACUGAUGGACCAUCACUUAUGUUUUAAUAAUGGGUUUAUUUCUGGUUAGAAGAGUAGUGCAACAACUUAGUAUUCUUCCAUAAAUUCCCUAAAUAAUCAGUCUCCAGUGUGGGUUAAGCUAUUAAAACACUAAACCUACAUUACUGUUAAAGAGGUGGUAUUAUGCUUUUUGUCUUUUUCCCCUCUCCUUUGAGUUAUCUUUUUUGUGCAUGUAAUGUAAGGUUUGCAAAGUGAAAAAGCCCAAAGUCCAGCCUAAAGGGAGUUCUCAUCAUCUACAGAAAACUCUGCUCUGAACUGCUUGAAAACAGCUCGUUUGUAGUCCAGCUGUGAAAGCUACAUGCACAGCAUGAUGUUGGCCUAGAACAUUAGACAAGAUGUAUCACUCCUUAGCUAAAAGAAAGUCUUUAACACACAGGGCAAAAAGAGGAGCUGCAGCAAAAAUGUUUUUUGAAAAUUAAACCAUGUAAAUCUGUUCUGGUACAACCAAAAUAGGAGUUUGAACCUGAAAAUAAGCAUAAUACCACCUCUUUAAUGCAUUUUCUUCAUACAGACUAGUAGUUCAUUGAGUUUUUCAAUUGCUAGUGUUUUAGAUGGAAGUUUUAUUAAUGAAUGAAUUAUAUAUAUAAAUAACACAAGCCAGUAAUGGUUCUGGAUUAGAUUAGCUGUCAUUUAGGAUGAUACAUAGGCCUCGUGAAUACAAGUUACGGCCAUUGCAGAUCUCGAAAUACCACUAAUACAGACGUCAAUCGCGUUUGGAAAGUCUGGACACAACACAUGCGCAUGUUCAUUUGUCUUUAAUGAUAUUUGCUGAUUGACAUGGUUUCUUUGUAUGGAUACGUGCAUUUAGAAUAACACCAGCUGGACAGACUGCAGUGGCAACCUUACAAAUACAUACUGCUGUUAAUUGUUUUAAUGAAAUGCCAUCCACGUCCAUUGUACAGUGGUAGAGGCAGAAACCUCAAUCAGGGGACCAGAACUUUCUGCAUGACAAGAUGCCACUAGAACUGUUUUUCCUUGUUAACACUUUACCAACUGUGAUGCCUUCCUUGUCUCCUUCCUUUCUCGUGUAAUUUUGAGAUAAAUAGCUUUCCAGAUUGUUAUAUUUAAUAAAUUGCAUUUGCAAAGAG